AGAUAAAACCUUGUAUAAAUAUAUGUAUACAUUCUAAUGAAUCUAUAUCAAAUCCGUUAUCCGUUACCUUAUCCAAGUGCACCAGUAACGAUGAUUUUUCUUACUGAAAUUAUAUUUGUAACUACCCUUUUGUCGGGAUCAUUUUCAUUGGCUUCUUCACCGGGUUGCACUAUCAGAAGGUAUUCAGAUGUGCCAUCAGUCCUCAGUAACUGCACCACAAUUAUAAUUGACAAUCUCGUAUUUCCUGCUGGUAUCACGUUUGAACUCUAUUUACAAAAAGGAACUACAGUGACUUUCAAAGGUACUACCAGGUUCGAGUACACACCGUGGUCUGGUCCUCUCAUCAGAGUCAAAGGGAGCAACAUUACUAUUCAAGGAGAGCCAGGUUCAGUUCUUGAUGGACAAGGUCCACUAUACUGGGAUGGAAAAGGAGACAAGGGACCAAAAAAACCCCAGUUCAUUAAAAUAGAAGCUAAUGAAAGAUCUGUAAUGAAAAAUAUCAAUAUACUGAAUUGUCCACAUCAUUGCAUCUACGUUGGAAAAUCUGAUGGGCUUACUAUAAGCGACUGGGUGAUUGAUGUGUCAGAUGGAGAUAAAAACAAUUUCACCGGUCAUAACACUGACGGAUUUGACGUUUCUGGAGCAAAUAAUCUCAUCAUCGAAAACACUAGGGUCAUCAAUCAAGACGACUGUAUAGCUAUCAGAUAUGGUACCAACAUCACCGUCAGAAAUAUGUAUUGUUCCGGAGGACACGGUUUGAGUUUGUCGGUAGGAUUCAACAAGACGUCUUAUCCUGAAAAUGUUGUUUCCAAUGUUCUUAUCGAAGACAGUACCGUUGUCAGAUCAGCUAACGCCAUACAUAUCAAAACUCACACUGACGGAUGGUUCGGUCUCAUCAAUAACAUCACCUACAGAAAUAUUGAGUUGAUAGGAAUAACCAAUUUUGGAAUUAACAUCCAGCAAGACUAUGCAAAUGGAGAAGGUACAGGAACUGUUAGAGACAACAUUCCAAUAAGAAACAUUAAUUUAUCCAACAUACAUGGAAAUAUGAAAGGUCGAAAAACAAGAGCAUUUUACAUUUAUUGUGCAAAAGAUGCUUGCUCUGACUGGAAAUGGGUUGAUAUGAAAAUUGAAAAUGCUUCGAAGUCGAACUCCUGUAAUUACUCACCGCCUGAUUAUCCUUGUUAAUAAAUCGUCCAGUCAUAGAUAAAUGAAACGAUAAAAAGCAAAUACUUACCACAUGGUUUGCCUUAACUUGUCGAUAUUUGUUAUUUUUUUAUAACGAAAACAAAGUUAAUAUACAAUAAUAGUAUUGAUUGA